UUCCAACCAUUCGAGAUCUAAGAUGGCGGACCGUCGGCGAAGGAGGAGGCGCGCGUCCCAGGACAGCGAGGACGACGACGAGUCCGGUUCGGGUUCGGACAGCGGGAAGUCCGGCUCCUCGACCACCAAGAGCCGUGUGAGAGAACCCGAACCGCCGGAGGUGACAGCAACCCGACCAGAGCCGAAACCCGUAGUGGAGUCGGAGUGUGAGAGUGAAGAUGGUGUAGGUGAAGCUGUCCUCUCAGACUAUGACAGUGCUGAUCCGGAAGAAAACGGCUCCCAUUCAGAGGAAGUGGAGGAGGAAGAGGAGGCAGAGCAGUUCAGCGAUGAAGAAGCUCCAGCAGCAUCAACCGAGCCCAAACCGUCCACCACAGCCGAAGGCCCGGCAACAGUAGAGGAAGUCGUGGUUGUGGAGUUGGUGCAGGAUGAGGUGCAUGAGGGGAUGGAGGAGGAGGAGGUAGAAGAGGAGGAGGAGGAGGAUGAGGAUAAGAAUGAAGAGAAAGAGGCAGAGGAAGGAGGACAGAGUAAAGAGGAGAGCAAAGCCGAGGAGAAGGGCGACCUGGCCGGAGAGAGACAGAGCGGGGACGGGCAGGUGAGACUCCCUGCACCUCUGGAACUAUUUAUUAUUAUGGAAAUAAUUUCCUCUACAAAUGCAACAGCAGUAUACCUAACAUAA